GUCCACGUUUGCUGCUGAGGAAGACACUCAACACCAUAAAGAAGAGACAGAUGGUAUCCCUGGCACCAUGUGGGGAAAUGGAACCAGAGGCUGAAGAACUGGAGGAGAAAGCAUUGGAGUCUGACACAUUUGUAGAAUCAGUUAGGCAUGCCGAUCCAGGCUCUGGGGACCAGGAGGAUCUAAACAGUGAGGCAGCUAUUCUACAGCCCUGGCAGGUGCCACAAGGACCAAUCAUGGAGCUGCGGAGAAUGGAUGUCACAGGGAAGGGGGGUGAGAAGAAAGCAAUGGAGGACAAAGAGAAUAAUAAAGGAAGUGAGAAGAAAGAUGAAAUUGAGAAUAAAGAGGCAGAGGAAAUAAGCGAGAUGAAGUGUACUGAAAAUGUAAGUGACAUAAACAAAAUGGACACAGGGGGCAAUGAUCCUGGCAGAGAGGCCACCAACUCAAAUACCCACUGCACUACACCUGUGACCAAUGAAUCAGACACAGAGGAGAACAGAAAACUCACAAAGACUCCCAGCUUUGGGAAAACAGUUCGGUUUAAGGAAAUUGAGGCAGUGGAAGGGAGUGACAGCUCAGAGGAUACACUUUUCCCAGACUAUGAGGUGGAAGAGUGGACCACCACCAUCUUUGAGGAGUUGUUUCUGGCAGAGAACUGGGUGGACCUUACAGAUGACCGUCUGCUGAGGAAAAAGGUGUUACAAGCCAGUCCUGAGAGUGCCCUGACCCCUACUUGGGGUCAAGAGGUCAUGCUGAAAAUGCAGGGUGUGCUAGAGGAUAGGACUGUGGUGGAGAAAGACAGCAAGCUGGUCUUUGUUAUUGGGGAAGGAGACGUCAACCAGGCUCUGGAAGAGUGUGUCAUUUCAAUGAAGAAGGGGGAGAUCGCUUUACUGCUUGCCGAUUCACAGUACACCUAUGCACUCCUAGGAAGGGAGCCUGAUAUACCAGCCUGGGCUCCUCUCCUCUAUCAGCUACAGCUCCUAGACUUCAGAGAAAAGCCAGACCCCCUUUCACUGGCCAUCCCUGACCGGAUCCGAAUCGGCAACCAGAAACGAGAGCGCGGUAAUUUCUACUUCCAAAGGGAAGAAUACAGCAUGGCUGCACAAGCUUACUGCAUGGCCUUGGAUGUGCUUACAACAGAUGGCCAAAGCUGUAUGGCAGAAGAGGAAGAGGAGGUGAACGACUACCGGGUAAAAUGUCUGAACAACCUAGCAGCAGCACAGCUGAAGCUUGGACAGUUCGAUGAGGCGCUGCACACCAGUCGAGAUGUGCUUUUCCUCGAUCCCCAGAAUGUCAAAGCACUCUUCAGGAAAGGAAAGCUUUUAUCGGACAAGGGUGAGUAUGAGGAGGCCAUGGAGACCCUGAAGAAGGCUUUGAAACUGGAGCCAUCCACUAAAGCCAUUCAUGCUGAACUGUCAAAGUUGGUGAAAAGACAGGCUGGCGACAAUGACGCCCAAAAUUGGCAAGCUAAACCAGCCAACAUGUUUGGGGAAAACAUAGCGCCCAUUCUGACGCCUCCACCACAGAAGAAGCCAUCUGGAAUUUCUUGGAAGUUUCUGCUUGGAGCUUUGGUGGUGGCCUUGGGCAGUUUAGUCACAUCAGUGGUCCUGACCGCACAGAACUAGCUCUCUCAAUCUACUUGCAAAUUAAGACGAGCCUCACAAACAAACAUUCCACAGAACUGCCAAGAACGAAGGAGGGAAAAUGCACUGAACUGUUCAAAGAGCAGCUGCGUGAGCAGCCCGACCAUUGGUACACUGACAUGUGCAAAGCAGAAUGUAUGCACAAAAACAAAGGGCAAAUGCAGUUCAAAAAUUUAAAAUAAAA